AUGCGCCUCGAGGUCGAAGUGCCUCGUUCCGUCGCCCCGCUCGCGUGGCUGCGCGGCCAGGCCGGGGCCGGGGCCGCCCACCCCCGUGUGUACUUCGCUGGCCGGCGCCACGCGACGCCUGGCGGCAAGGGCACCGCGACGGCGGAGGGCGGCGCCGAGGUCGUCCGCGCAGUUGCGGGGAUCGGGUGCGCGUGGGGGUGGCGCGGGGCCGACGGCGAGGAGUUCGGGCGCGCGGCGUGGGAGGACAUGCAGCGGUUCCUGUCGGCGACCGUCCCGGCUCUUCGCGCGUACGGCGGGAUGCGUUUCAGCCACGCGCGACCCGUCGCGCCGGAGUGGCAGUCCUUCGGGUCCUACCUCUUCCUCGUUCCCGCCGUCGAGGUCUCCGAGGGCCCGCACUCCACGACGCUCUCGGUCAACCUGCUCUGGGACGAGGGGUCGGCGAACGCCUCGCGGGGCGCGGACGCGGGCGGAGUGGGCCGCGGAGCGGCCACGGCCGCGGCCGCCGCCGCGUCCGCGCUCGCCCUGCUGGAAGCGAUCGGGCCGGAGGAAGUGGGCGGGUACCCGGCGCUGCGUGUGCAGCGCGCGUCGCACGAGCACGUUCCGGGCCGGGACGAGUGGCGGCGGACGAUGCAGCCCCUGCACGACUCCCUCGACAUGGCCGGGUGCGAGAUGGACUGGGCCGAGGGCGUCGACGGCCUCGAGGGCCCCUCCGCGGGCCGCGCGGCCAACGACCCUGCGGAGGCCUCCGUAGAGGGGUCCGACCCCGCAGACGGACUGACGAAGUUCGUGCUGGCGCGCCGGACGGACAUCGGCCUCGAGGGCCCUCCGCUCGACCCGCUCUCGCUGCUGUCGGCCCUCCAGGAAAAAGACCCCCGGGCGUACCAGGUUCUACUGCAACUCCCCUCCGGCGACACGUUCCUCGGCGCGCCGCCGGAGCGGCUCUUCGUGCGCACGGGGCGCGCCGUCGCGAGCGAGGCCGUCGCCGGCACGCGCGGCCGGGGGCCCCCGGGCGACGAGCCCACGGACCGGAAGCUAGCGGAGGAGCUCAUGGGGUGCCCGAAGGAGCACGUGGAGUUCACGGUGGUGCGGGAGUGGGUGCAGAGGGCCCUGAGCCAGGUGUGCGGGGAGGUCAAGGUCGAGCUCCCGAAGGCGCUGCUGCGGCAGCAGCACGUGCAGCACCUGUACGGGCGGCUUUCGGGGGAGCUGUUGCCGGGGCGUUCCGACCCGGAGCUGCUGCGGUGCCUGCACCCGACGCCCGCGGUGUGCGGCCAGCCGCGCGGCCUCGCGCUGCAGGUCCUCGAGGAGGUCGAGCCGUUCGACCGCGGGUGGUAUUCGGCGCCGUUUGGAUGGGUGGGUGCGUCGGCGAGCGAAUUCGUGGUCGCGAUCCGGUCCGCGCUCGUGCGGUCGCCCGAGGCGGGCCCGCGGGACGGCAACGGCGGUGCGCGCACGGACGGCGGGCUCGUGCACCUGUACGCCGGCGUGGGCAUCGUGCGCGGCGCGGACGCCGAGGCCGAGUGGCGCGAGCUCGAGCUAAAGACGAGCGCGUUCGAGAAGCUGCUGGCGCCGCCGCAGGCGCUCGCGGACGCCGCGAACAUCAACGCGCUGUGGGCGGGGAUGAUCGUCGAGGAGCUGUGUCGCCUCGGGGUGGACACGUUCUGCGUAGCCCCGGGGUCGCGGUCGUCCCCGAUGGCGAUCGCGGCGGCGUCGCACCCGCGCGUCCGGCUGAUCACCUGCAUCGACGAGCGCUCCCUGGCGUUCUACGCGCUCGGGUACGGCCGCGGCCGCGGGUCCCCAGCGGCGGUCAUAACGUCUUCGGGAACGGCGGUGGCGAAUCUGCUCCCAGCGGUCGUUGAGGCCUCGCAGAGCGGCGUGCCGCUGCUGCUGCUCACUGCGGACCGUCCGGGCGAGCUCCGCGACACGGGCGCGAACCAGACGAUCGACCAGGUGAAGAUAUUCGGAAGGUAUGUGCGGUGGGAGUUUGAUCUGGGACCCCCGUCGGGGGACGUGCGGGCGCGGAUGGCGCUGACGGCGGUGUCGAGCGCGGUCCGGCGCGCGACGGGGCCGCACGCGGGCCCCACGCAUCUCAACCUGCAGUUCCGCGAGCCCCUGGCACCGACGGUGGCGGACUGGCCGCGCGCCGUGACGCUCGAGGGGCUGCGGCGGUGGGAGGCCGGCACGCGGCCGUUCACCGCGCCCGUGAGCCUCCUCGGGCCGUCCACGGGGACCGUCGGCGCCGGUCCGGCGAUGCACGAGGCGUUGGCGACGCUGCGUGGCGCGCGGCGCGGGCUGCUUGUUGUCGGCGCGCUCGCGUCGCCGGAGGAGACGCUCGCGGCCGCGGAGAUCGCUCGGAGGCUCGCGUGGCCGGUGUACGCGGACGCCACGAGCGGGCUGCGCGUCGCCGGCAGCGGGGGCAGCGGCCUGCCCGGCACCGUGCAUCACCUGGACCACGUCCUGCUGGGCGGGAAGGAGGGGGUGUGGGAAACAGUCCGGCCUGACGUGGUUCUGCAGCUGGGCGGGUUCCUGACGAGCAAGCGCGUGGGGCAGUUCCUGGAGUGGGCCACGACCGCGGACGGAGCGGAGCCGGCGUCCUUCUUGCUGGCGUGCGCCAGCCAGGGGCGGCACGAUCCGGCGCACGUGGUGACGCACCGCAUCGAGGGCGGCGCGCAGCAGCUGCUGCACGUGCUUGCCGCGCCCGACCGCGGCGUCCUGGGGGAGCUCGACUCGCAAUACCUGGAAACGCUGUCUUGUUUAGAUAGAGUUACAGGUCUGGCUCUGAAUUCCGCGAUCGGGGACUGCGACGACCCGCACGCGCCGAUCACGGAGCCGCGCGUCGCGCGCAAGGUCGCGUCGCAGCUGCCAGGCGGCCGCGGUUUGUUUCUGGGCAACAGCAUGCCGAUCCGCGACGUCGACAUGUACGCACCGCGGCCGCGAGAUGCCGAGGAGGGCAGCAGCGGGGUCGGGGUGCCCGUGGCGGCGAACCGCGGGGCCAGCGGGAUCGACGGCGUGCUCAGCACGGCCGUCGGGUACGCGCAGGGCCUCGGGAGGGGAGUGACGCUCCUCGUGGGGGAUGUCUCCUUUCUGCACGACAUCAACGGACUCAAUCUGCUGCGCGAGGCGCGCGGGCGCCCGCCCGUGACGGUCGUGGUGAUCAACAACAGCGGCGGCGGGAUUUUCUCCUUCCUCCCCGUCGCGAGCGCCAUUCCGAAGGAGGUCUUCGAGCCGGUGUUCGCGACGCCCCCCGGGGUGUCCUUCGAGGACCUGUGCCGGGCGCACGGGGUGCCGUACGCGCGGGCCGCGACCGCGGCGCAGCUCGACAAGGCCCUCGACGACGCGUGGGCCCGCGGCGAGCACGGCAUCGUCGAGGUGGUCACGGACAGGAGCGAGAACCACGCGUUGCAUUUGCAGCUGCAGACCAUCGCGGGGCGCACGGCCGGCUGGGCGGGCACGCUCGCGCGCGCCUGGAUGCAACGCAACAUCGAUCCCGCGCUCGGGGCGCUCGAGCUGGACGUCAGGCCGUACAGCGUCGGGCUGGCGAAGCCCGUCACCACUGGCGUCGGCGGGGGGGUCCGCGAGGGGUGCGUCGUCACGGCGCGGCUGCGCGCGGCGAGCGGGGAGGUCUUCGAGGGCCACGGCGAGGUCGCGCCGCUCGCGGGGCUGCACACCGAGACGCUGAGCCAGGCCGUCGCGCAGCUGGACACCCUGGGGGGGCUUUUGCGAGACGCUGACGUCAGCUGCGGCCGCCGCCUGCCGCUCUGGGCCGUUCUCGCGGAGGCCGGGCUGGACGAGUGGCUCUGCGAGGCCAUCGGCGUCGCCCCGGGCUCCCUCCUGCCCUCGGUCGCCGCGGGCUUCAGCAGCGCGGUGUUUGCCGCUGCGUCGGCGGCGCUGAAUGUCCCGGUGACGUCGCUCCUCGGGACCUGCGCGGGCCUCGCUCCCACGAAAGACGCCCUCCCGCCCGUGCCCGUGUGCGGGCUGCUCGGCGACACGACGGACAUCCCCGCGGCCUGUGCGGCGGCGGCGGCACUGGCCGCCGACGGGCACACCACGAUCAAGAUCAAGGUUGGACGCGAGGCGGUCGCGCACGACAUCGCCGCGGUGAACGCGAUCCGCAGGGCCGUCGGGGACGCGGUCGCCCUGCGCGCGGACGCCAACCGCGCCUGGACGUUCGCCGACGCCGUGGAGUUUUGCGCCGGCGCCGCGGUGCCGUCGCGCCUCGAGUUCGUGGAGGAGCCGCUGCGGCACACCACGAUCGGAGCGCUGCGGGACCUGCACCGCAAGACGGGGGCGCCCGUCGCGCUGGACGAGUCGGUGGAGGAGGGCAGGCUGCUGGAGUUGUCGGCGCCGGGCAGCGGAGUGGUGGCCGCCGUGGUCAAGCCGGGCUGGUGCGGCGGGGCCGCGGCGACGCUGGCGCUCGCGCGCCUGGCUGCUGCGCGCGGUAUCGGCGUCGUCGUUUCGUCGUCGUUCGAGACGUCGUUGGGGCUCUCGCACUGGGCGGCGCUGGCUGCCGUCACCGAUGCGAUGUGGGCCGAGAGCCCGGCGGGGCGGUCUCGCGCGGCCUUCGCGCACGGCCUCGGGACGCUGUCGUGGCUCACCGGCGACGUGCUCGCGGAGCCGAGCGGCCCGGAGCGCGGGCGCGACGGCGCGCCGCGAGCCUGGUCGGGCGCGGCUGCGGGGGUGUCUCCGCUCGUGUCAGACUCCGCGCUGGCGCGGCGCGGCCCGGCGGCGCAGGUCGAGGAGGCGUUUCACACCGUCCACACGCCCGCGGGCUCGCUCCGCCUGCGCGUGCUCUCUGCUCGCCCGAAUGCGCACGUCGCGUGCCCGGGCGCUCCGAUCCUGUUGCUGCACGGCUUCCUGGGCAGCGCGGACGACUUCCUCCCGACGCUGCACGCCCUCGGCCGCGAGCGGCGCUGCGUGGCCGUCGACCUCCCCGGCCACGGCGGGUCAGACGGACUGACGUCAGGUGUGUCUGUGGAGUCGGUCGCCGACAGCCUCGCCGUGCUGUCGGACCACCUCGGCUGGCGCGGGAGCGAGGGCGCGGUCGUCGCGGGGUACUCGAUGGGCGCGCGCGUCGCCCUCGCGCUCACGGCGCGCCACCCGGACGUCGUCAGAGCUGUGGUUUCCAUCUCCGGUGCCCCGGGGAUGUCUCCGGGGGCCCCAGCGGUGGCGCGCGCGCGCCGGGCGCGCGACGCGGCGCUCGCGGAGCACCUCUCGCGCGACGGCGCGCCGUCCGCGUUCCUGGACGCCUGGUACGCGCAGCCGCUCUUCCAGGGCCUUGAAAAGCACCCGCGGUUCGCCAGCAUGCUCCAGCGCCGCCGCAGCGCGCUCCGGAGCCCCGCCGCGGCGGCCGGGGUGGCCGGGGCGCUCGUCGGCCUCAGCACGGGCGCGCAGGUGCCGUUGUGGGACGCCCUCGGCGCGAUGGCGGCGCGCGGCGCGCUUGUUGUCAGUGUCGUCGGAGAAACUGACGACAAGUUCCGGGAGAUCGCUGCGAAGAUGUCGGCGCGCGUCGUGGGGCGCGGGGCGGCGCGGCGGACGGUGCAGGCGGCGCGCGGCGCGGACGUGAGCGCGUGGGCGCCCAGGAGCGGCGACGUCGUGGUGGUGCGCGGCGCCGGGCACGCCGUCGUCGAGGAACGGCAGGAGCUGGUCGCGGUGGCGAUAUUGCGGGUGGUGGAGGCAGCGGAGGAGGGCCACGAGGAGCUCGAGGGGCUCGACGAGUGA